AUGGUCGGAUCUUGCAAUGGUUUGGCUUGUUUUCGCGCACGAGGCAUAGAUCGUUUUCUAAUCUGUAACCCGUUGACAGGAGAAUCUAUAUUUCAUCCAGAAUUUCUUGAGGGGAUAUAUCAUAGUGUGGGAAGUGGGUUUGGGUAUUGUCCUUCAACUAAUUCUUACAAGGUUGUUACAAUAUUUUAUCAUCAUCGAGGGGAACAGAAGGGAUAUAUUCAUGUGUAUACUAUUGGUGGUAAGUGGAGAUCCAUUGAAUAUAUCGGGCGUCGCAAAUUUGGUUAUUCUACAGGUAUCUAUGCAAAUGGAGCACUUUACUGGUGGCACCAAUAUGAUUUUUAUGGACUAAAAGAAUCUGAGAUUGUAGCCUUUGAUUUGGAAGGUGAGAAGUUCCAUUCUAUACUAAUGCCACGUUUUAAAUAUGAAUAUAGCGGUCAACUUAAGUUGCUUGGAGAGAAUAAUAAUCUGUAUUUGGCUUAUACAAGCUAA